AUGAGCAAACCCCUUUCCUCCAAGUGCUCCGUCGGCGGAUGCGUCAGGAACCUGAACGAUUGCUGCCCGCCGGAGCUCCAGGUGCUGAGCCGGGAUGGGUCGGGUCGGGUCGUGGCCUGCAAGAGCGCUUGCACGGCGUUCAACAACGACGCGUUCUGCUGCAGGAAUGAGUACGGCGCGCCGGCCAAGUGCCGGCCGAGCGUCUACUCGAGGUUGUUCAAGGAUGCUUGCCCGAGUUACUACAGCUACGCGUUUGAUUCGCCGCCGCCGCUGGUGAAAUGUGACGCCAAGGAGUAUGUGGUCACGUUUUGCCCUGCGUCGUGGGGCAGCGGCGAGCUGCAAGAGAUGUGA